AUGGGAAUGCGUAGUUGGAUAUCAGUGGUUUUUGUCUCAUCAUUAGUUGGCGCAUAUGUCCUGUUUUUGUUAUCUGCUGUGAGUGGAGAAGACGACUUGCUUGUUGAAGAUGAGAUUGAUGAGGUCACUCCAUCGGUACCGACUUCGACUGUUUCCAAAACUGAUUCAUGGUGUAGAGAAGGCAUAAUUGGUCGACUUCUGAACACCAAUUACAUCCUUGUAAGUACGAUGGAUGGCAAGGUGACAGCUUUAGAUGUGAAUUCACAUGGGAGAAUUGCGUGGACAGCUGAUACCGAUUCAUCACCUCUUCUUUCCGGUACUCUCAACUCUCUUCAGCUAACUGCUGAUGGUCAUCCAUAUAUGCUAGUGCCAUCAUUAGACGGAUCAUUAUAUAUGUUCAAUAUGGAUAGUAACGCGUUGAAUCCGAUUCCUGUGAAUACGGAUAUCAGUGUGAUGAUUGGGGAGGAUGCAGUUGCGGGUGGUACUAUUGUAUCAACGACUGGUGUUGAUCCCAUCACUGGUCAGAUACGUUAUCAUUGUACAACAGAAAAUUGUGCACAAAUGACCGCUUCAAAUCGUACACCUUAUACACUCAUCAUUCGUCGUAACACACAAGUGGCACGCGCAGCUGAUCCAUUAAACGCUCAAGUGAGAGCAUUUCUGUUACUGUUCAGAUGGAAUUUAUCGGUGGCUGAAUACUCAAUAUCGUUAGCUUCUUCGGAUCGAUCGUUGAAUAAUUAUUUCUUCGAACCGAACCCGUCAAUGACACGAUUUCGUUUGCGUCCUCCUGAUGGCGUCGUAUCGGCGUUCAACGGUGGAGGUGAUCCGAUGUGGGAACGAGACUUGAACAGUCCUAUCGCUCGCGUUUGGCAACUGAUUAACGGUCGUGUUCAUGAGGCAAGUGAUAUUAUAUCUUUAUUCGAUUCGAACAAUGUGGAAACGCCAGAAGGACAAAACUACGAGGAUCAACGAGAUAUGCCAAAAAUUGAAGCACCUUUCUAUUUUGGUACCGUAAACUCAGAGCCUUAUAUAAUUCCGUCGGCAAAUGCACGCGAAGAUUUACGUCGAUUUGCUCUAACCAAAGAAAAUGCUCGAUUUCAACCGUACGGUGCGGAUCUGACGCACUAUGGGCGUGCGCUUUAUUUACAUGAUAUCACCAUCACAAACCUGAUUCGACGUGCCUACGAUGCGUCGGGUGCAAUUAAGCCAGGUGCAGUGACGAACUAUCGAGGAUAUCGUAGUUGUCCGAUGAGUGAUGCGCCUUUACUCGCUGAAAGCACUGACUUACAGCGAGUCGGUUUUGGAAAUGAACAACGCAGAGGUGACUUAGGUUGGUUUGUGUUUAAAUCGAUUAGUAGACGUCAACGAAACAGUGCUAUGCCGACGAAUGGACGAUACGAGCGCAAUGUUGGCAAUAAUAACAAUGGCCGUAGGAGAACGAAUCUCAUUGAACGAGUCAGGAAAAAAUUGAAUGCUGAUGAACCAGUCUCUGGAUGGUGGCGUAUUGGUGCGUUAGCAUUAAGCGUGAUGCUUAUUCCGAUGUGUACAAUAGUGUUGAUUUAUAUACUACAUUUCCGACAUCGAUUAGGUCACUUGCAAAAUAAUUCAGAUGCAGUUACUUCUGAAGAGAGUACGCUGGCAAAAAGUUCACUGAAACGAUCUGCAUCUUCAAUCGCAACUAGUUCAACCGUAUGUUCUUCACCCAAUGAACCGUUAGCACUUAGAAGAAAAUCAUCGUCGACGCACAGAACAACUAGUACAACUGCAUCACAAGCCGUACCUGAUCCUUUCUCAUCGAAAUUCCUCGAAGAUUUCAUUCCCGAGAAAUUGCUUGGCAAAGGUGGAUACGGUGUUGUGUUCAACUGUAGACAUCGUCUGGACGAUUGCAGCUAUGCGGUGAAACGGAUUGCAGUUAGCGACACUGCGUCAGCUAUCGAACGAGUGAAGAGAGAGGCUAGAGCAAUGGCAAAGCUGGAUCAUCCUGGCAUUAUCCGCUAUUAUCACACGUGGAUGGAACGACCACCAGAGGGUUGGCAACAAACUAAAGAUAAAGAAAUUCUCAAAAAUAUACGUGCGCUUUCUGAUUCAUUUAAUUCAUCGUCGGCAACACGAAGUUCGGAUGGCGUUUUUCAUCUUCGCUCUAAAGAAUCGUUGGCAACCAUAUCAACGCAAGGUGUGAUGAACGAAAAUCGAUGUGGCACCGUGGGCGAAUGGUCCUCGUUGAACAAUAAACUGAUAGGGAAUGGAAUAAUGAAGAUGCAAAACUGGGAGGCAAGAGGUGACGUACCAUUGGUGCCAUCUGAAACCGUAUCUGAUUCGUGGGCUGACGAUGAUGGUAAUCAAAACGCGAACAGCUCUGAAGGUACGGCGUGCUCAUCGAGCGAUUCAGACUCGUCAGACAAUAACGAUGCUCUUUCGAUUUGUCAGAAUCGAGGUGUAAACACCGAAUCAUCAGACGUUGUGUUCGAAAACGAGACGUGUUCAAAAGAAGAUCAAGCAGUUGGGCACUCCCGGAAAUCACUCUCUAGCAACUCAUCAGGUGCUCUUGAGCCGCCCGCAGUUCUUGUAGCUAGUGAAACAGACUUGCAUACUUGUAAAAAAACAAAAGAUUUCGUCUAUUUUUACAUUCAGAUGGAGUUAUGUCAAGAAUUAACAUUGCAUAAUUGGUUAUUACUGAAUAAUCGCCAAGAAGAUCGACAGUUGGAACGAAUCCGAAAUUGGUUAGCACAAUUGGUGUGUGCCAUUGAUUAUAUUCAUGAUCAGGGUCUCAUUCAUCGCGAUUUAAAGCCGCAAAAUAUCUUCUUCUCGGCUGACGUCAUGAACAUUCUGAAAAUAGGUGACCUUGGAUUAGCGACCAAUUACGUGACAGCAGAAACAGGUGAAGAGGCACGAGAGAAUGAGGGUAUUGGUUAUAAUCGUCAUACUGGCAAUGUCGGAACUCGACUCUAUAUGAGCCCUGAGCAGUUGAAAGGUUGUACUUAUGAUGAAAAAAUCGACGUUUUCUCAUUGGGACUAAUCUUCACCGAAAUGCUCAUACCGUUUCAAACUAUUAUGGAACGAAAUUUAACACUAUCGAAACUUCAAAGUGGAAUUCUUCCUAAUAUUUAUCUUAGGAAGCGAACAUCGGAGCUGGAGUUCAUUUCAUGGCUAACAAAACUGGAUCCAAAGGCUCGUCCGUCUUGUCAUGACAUUAUGCAGUGUGAAUAUCUUGAAGAAGAGCUCAAUUCGUUAGGCAUGCCAUUCACACGUUCUUGUGUCAGUUUAGUUAGUUUAGCCAAUAAAAAGCGUUCUUAA